AUGCCCAUCCUUUGCCCUUCAACCUACAAUUUCGUGAACCCGAAAUAUCUGUACUCCUUGAAGGACAGCGACAUUGCUGAAGUGAGGAAUCUUGACUUGGGAACCUUGUGCCUCAACCACCUGUGGAAUGAGGUUGAUGCUUGGAAAGCUAAGGUUUUCAAAGAUGGAAGUGAUUUCAACGGGAUGCUUUGGAUUGGCGGUUGCUUACCUUUGUUGGCAGUUGUGUACAUGGACUUUUUGGAUUUUGGCGUCAAUGCUGAGCAAAUAAAUUACAGUAUUCCAAGAAUGUCACACAUAAGGAAUGAGAAUUUUAUUUUCUGGGAUGUCAUGUAA